GACCAUUGACAGCUUUAUAAGCCCGUGACUCGCUACCUGGUCUCAGAAGACUUGCCCCCUCUGCGUGUGAAGGAGGUGUGGGACCAUUGCUCUCAAUACGGUGUGCUUACUCUCUCACUAAACCAUGGCGGACAGCUACAAGGAAUUCGACAAAUCUCCAAUCGUGGACGAUGCUGUAUCUUUCCAUGGGUAUUCCUUCAAGAAGCGGGAGAUCGCGUUAGGUGGAGUGGCACUGGUGGCACUGGUUGUCUGUGUCAUCCUGGCAGCGUUGCUCGCGUCGGCGAAGUCGGGAGGGGGUGUGGGUGACCUGCCCGGGACUGCGUGUGGUCAGACAGGGGCGCAGACACAAGGGAUGUGUCUGACUCCCACGUGCAUGAAGAGUGCGGCGUAUGCCCUGGAGAGUAUGAACAGCACGAUCGACCCAUGCGAUAACUUUUACCAAUAUGCGUGUGGCACCUGGGCCAGGAACAACCCUCUCAAGCCAGAUGUGUCUCAACUGACGCCUUCUUGGAACAUCUAUUACAAAAAUCAGGAAAAACUGCGACGACUGGUUGAAACUCCAACUAGCAGGACAUCGAGCUGGGCUUCUGAGAAGAAGCUAAAGGACUUCUUCACGUCCUGCACUGACCACUACGGCAAGAUGAUCCUGCAAGGAAACCCCUUUCUUGACCAGGUCGUGGCCAAGGCCGGCGGCUGGUACGUCAUCGGGACGUGGAACGAGAGCACGUACGACUUUGAAGACUCUCUGAGGAAAACUCACGUGGAUUUCUGGACUAACGCUUUCUUCACCUUCUCUGUGAGGACAGACUGGCUGGAUUGGAGGAAGAUCGCGAUUCAGAUCGACCUCUCAGGGACGGGGAUAUCGUGGAUCUACUAUGUCCGGCCGGACGGUGCCCCGUUUAUCGUGGACUACAAGCGCUUCAUGAGGACUGUCGCCGGGUACCUGGUCCGCGACUCCGGCGUCAGCAUCAACGCAACCGAGAAACAACAACGUAUUGAUACCUUCGUCGACGACGUGUUUCUGGUGGAAUCAACACUGGCAAAUAUCACGAGCAGCUCGGACCCGUCUGAGGACCCACAUGACCACCAGAACCGUGUGAAACUGCGAGAUUUAAACACUAUGACAAACACAGCGAUCGACUGGGUGCAGUUCUUCACGUACAUGUUCAGUGACGCCGGCGUCAACGCUGACACAAAAGUCGUGCUCCUCGAGUCCGACUACAUCAAGAAGAUGGCAGCGUUCAUAACAAAUCUCGGGGACAAUAAAUCGAGGAUAUUAAACAACUACCUCGUCUGGCGUCUGGCCCACAAGUACGUGCAGGACCUGUCGUGGGACUACAUCCACGCCAACAGGGAGUUCUACGUCGACAUGACGGGCGAGGCCGAGUUCUUGGGGACGUGGCGUUACUGCAUUGGCAUCGUGGACAGGGACAUGGGCGAGGCUAUGAGCGCGCUGUUCGUCAAGGAUCACUUCUCUGAUGCCAACAAGGAUAAGUCGGCCGAGAUCGUUAACUAUUUGAGGACUGCGCUCGUAGACUCUCUGACGUCAAACCAGUGGAUGGACGAAAACACACGCAACAUUGCCAAGAAAAAGAUCACAGACUCGAUCUACAAGAUGGGGUACCCCGACUACAUGAUGUCGGACGACAAACUGGACCAGAUGUACAUGGCAUUGAAGAUAGACAGAUACGACUACUUCGCAAACCGCAUGAGCAUGAACAAGUUCUACAAGAUAGACUGGAACCGGCGUCUGAAGCACGGCACCGACACGACGGAGUGGACGUACAACACCUACUCCGUCAUCGCGGAGUACUACAACCCGUGGAAAGAAAUGAUAGUUCCGGCCGGGCUUCUGCAGUGGCCGCUUUACGACCAUAAGCUUCCGCAUUACAUGAAUUUUGGUGCUUUGGGAACUAUCCUAGGGCAUAAUCUUAUUCACGCCGUGGACCAGACAGGCGCUCAGUACAAGAUAGACGGCAGCCAUUUUGGAGACUGGUGGACCAAUAGCACGAAGAAAUCCUACAUCCGGGUUCGCCAAUGUGUGAUUGAUGCUUACGCCAACAGGACCAUGGGGCCGUUCACGUUGACAGUUGCAGCAACCGACCCCAUCGCGGUGCCCGUUGACGCCCCAGGGUACGCCCCCGAGGCCCUUGCUGAGACAAGCGGCGUCAGACUGGCGUACAAGGCUUUCAAGGCAUGGGAGAAGGCUAACAAGGUGGAGAGAACGGCACCAGGCGCAGCCAGGAGUAACGACCAGAUGUUCUUUGUAGCAUACGCACAGUCUAAUUGUUUCAACCGUAACCCGAAUGAGGCGUUUUCCCAGGCAGCCCGUGGUAUUCUGCAGGAGAGUCUCAAGGUUAACAUGGCAGUUUCUCAAGUCCCAGAGUUCAGAGAGGCAUUCAAAUGUCCAUCAAAUUCAAAAAUGGUUGCGAAGAAGACGUGUACUAUGUACUAGCGGUCUCCAGAGGACGAGAGACGCAGUUACCUCCCCUCGGUUAAGGCUGUUUUCAGUUCGCUCCGUUUGUAAAUAAUUCAUCCAUAACAUGGACCCGAUUUCUCAGCGACUUUUUUGUCAAGGGAGACAACUCUGAAAGGGAGAUGAUUCUACGUCAAAGUAGAGGUGUUGUAUUGGUGGGGUUUGAUUAUAUAGUGUUGGUGCAAGAGAACGUGAUUAAAUGUAAUUAAUCACCAUACACAAAAUGCGUAACAUAUAGUGGUCCUUCCACAUGAGAAAUGUGGGUGUUCUGUCAUGGUAAAUGUGUGUUUGCUAAUAUGGUAUUCUAGGGACUUUUUCUGAGUCUUGCGUUCUUGAUGUUCCUGAAACUUACACAACUUAGUGCUGUCUUCAUUGAGAGUCGCGAUGAACAGUGACACCCCGUAAAUCAGGAAACCUGUACAAAGCACAUUACAGUGAACAGUUCACUGGGAGCCUGGGAACAGUAUUCCAGAUUGACGGGGUGUCACUGUAUUUCAUUGUGGACAUGUCCAUUCCGUUAUGAAAACGAGUUGUUUUCAAGUUACAUCCAUGCUGAACUUUCCCCAUCGACAAAUCUUAAGGGUAUGUGUGUAAACUAGGUUACUCCACCUCCCGUGAAUACAUGCGAUGCUUUGUGGCUAUAGCCGCUAUGUUCACCAGAGAAUCAAGCCAAGGGGACCGAAUCGAGCGACGUCUCAAACCAAUGAACGCACAGUUUACAUCGGUAUUAUUCUCAACCAAUUAACGCUCAGAUUACAUCGGUAAUAUUCCCAACUAAUGAACGCUCAGAUUACAUCUGCAAUAUUCUCAACCAAUGAAAGCACAGACUACAUCGGUUAUAUUUCUCGUGCUACUCUGAAACAGUCGUGUGGCCUCUACUCUACUCAUUGCUUAAAUAUCAGGCAACGGUAGGGUUCGCACAACGUCCCUGCACGGAGUAGAGCUCAUUUUACUUCCGCGAGUUACAAACGGUCUUAAUUCAUUACCUGACUGAAAAUAGAUACCCCUCCCUAAUAUACCGCAAGCGGUCGUAUACAUGUAUUCACGGUUUAGGGAGGAACGUAGUGUAUGCACAGACCCGUGAAGUACUGACGAUAUUUCCCGUUUAAUGUUUAGCGUGAUGGUAAUCGAGGUAUGAAUGUUCGAGCUAGACGCUUCCGGGAGGCCUGAAGAUACAGUCCACACACCGCAUAUCCAUGACUGUUUUCAACACCCGAUAAGUCGAGGGAGGAGGAGGAGCGAAGAAGUGAUAUUCGUGUUAUGUGUAGUAAUGUUUCGUUGACACAAUUGUAAAUACAUACAUUUAUUUAGUUUUUAAUAGAACUAUUCUUUUACACAACGGAUACAUUUUGGUAAGAGAUUAACACUUAAUCAUUCCAUUUUUAUGGUUAAUAGUAUAACAAUUCACAGCAUAAAACAUGCUACUGUCCAUAAAAACGUUAUAAACUCAUUGACCACAAUUGAGCAUAUUGCUAAGUGUACAGUGAUGGACAAAGGUAGAUUUUAUUGUGACUUCUGUAUUGAUAAUGCAAAAGAGAAAUUCUCAUAUUUCCUUUUAUGCGUUGUUUCCUUGGUAAGGGUCCAACAGCACCGUAUACAGUUGCUAAGAGACGUGUUGCGUAGCAACUGGAUACGUUGCGUUUGGAUUCCAUCUUGCCACGUGUGUACAAACUGCUGUCUGUGAUGUAAGGGCGCUCUUACAAAGGUAAAAGUUCGCGUCUACGUCAUGUCUUCCACAUUUACAAUAAAAUCUUUUUAUAUGAAACAGA